AUGGAGGUGACAGUCGCUGAGCAAAUGAAGAGUCUAAAUUUUGAGCCUGAAAACACGGACUCUUCAAAACAAUUGGAUCUGGUCCAAUUACAAAAUGGAAAAAUGGACGGACACAGGUCAGAGGAGACGCCAGAGACGACUCAGGCCUCACAGACCUUACUGGUUCCAAAAGAUGAGGAGGUGGCAGUGACCAUCCAGAAGAAAGCAGAGACCGACGUGACCAUCCGGACCAACGCAGAGACCGACGUGACCAUCCAGACCAACGCAGAGACCGUCGUGACAGAGAAGGAGCCAGCGACUAAAGCUUUAGUGGAAUAUGUGAACUCUGAGGACUCUGAGGAAGACUCUGAAUCCGACAGUGACGGCUCCUCUUCGUCCUCUUCUUCGUCUUCCUCCUCGUCUUCCUCGGCUCCGUCUGUCCGCAUGAUGGAGGACGACGACGAAGGCUUCAGCCAACCAGUUCCCAUCAAAGUCCAGGGAGAACUGCUGCUCGAGGAGCUGCCGGAGGUGGAGGUGGUGACUGUGACGUUACCAGAACACGCAGAGCUGCAGCCUGUGGGAGCCGUCUCCAAUGUUCUGGAUCGACUGGUCGUGGUGCAGUCUCUCAAAGACACUCCUCCUCUGAAAGAAGACAGCCUCCUCUUCACCUCCGACCGAACCUCUGUGGGAAAGGUGUUUGAAGUGUUCGGUCCGGUCUGCAGCCCGUUCUACCUCCUGAGGUUCAACACAGAGCAGCAGAUCCACGACAGAGGCCUGACCCUGGGACUGCCGCUGUUCUGCGCCCCCAACAUCAAAGAGUACACAGAGUACAUCCUGAUGCAGCAGCUGAAACUAAACGAAGGCUCUGACGCCUCCUGGAAGAAUGACAUUGAGCCCCCAGCAGAGGCUUUGGAUUACAGCGAUGACGAGAAAGAAAAAGAGGCCAAAAAAAGACACAAAAAGAGGAACCAUAACAAUAUAGAUAACUCCACCCCUCAGACCCGCCCCCCUCAGCACCAGCAGCACCAGCAACAGCAGUACGACACCAGGACGUUCCCCCCUCGACACCAGCAGCGGCCCCCGUUCAGACCCCAGAACCAGAGGAGCCCUGGCUUCCGCCCCUCCAGACCCCCGCCUCCCUCUCACCAUCACCCUCACCACGCCUACCCGCCCCCGCCCUGCCCUUACCCCCCUCCCCCGCCUCCUCAACUGCCUCCAAACUUCCACAUGUACCCCCCGCCUCCCGCCUUCUUCAACCCGGCCUUCGCUGCUCCGUUCUGGCCUCCUCCCCCUCCCCCUCCUCCCCCUCCUCCACAGUGA